UGGCGCUGCGGCUGAUAGGCAGUCGGUGCAGCACAUCAUCACAGAGCCGCCGCCGCCGCCGCCACUCGCUCCUCUUUCUCUCCCCUCGCGCGGGGCUUGCAACUCCGUCUCUCUUUUGUUUACACUUCAUUUUUUAUCUUGCACACCUGUAAGUUACGCAUACAGCCGUAGUGCGCGAAGAUAUUACAGCACAGGACACGAGGCGAGUCUCGCUCUACUGCUCACAUAAAUGGUCAUUUCAAACAUGUAUUCGGUCUUACUCCUCUUAUCCGUUCUAUGUCUCAUCGCCCAAACCUCUGAAUCUCUCCGUAUUUUGGGCAUAUUUCCCAUGAACGUAAAAAGCCAUUUCGCAACUUGCGGAGAACUGAUGCGGGGUCUGGCAGAGAAGGGCCAUCGCGUGGACGUGUACAGUCACUUCCCUUUAAAAAAUCCAAAGCCGCCGAAUUACACGGAUUACAGUCUCGACGGCACACUGGCACCGGUGACCAACAAUUUGACGUACGAUGUUACGAGCCUUACUACUGCAACCGAUGCGAUAGUCACUUGGCUGGAACUCGGAGGAAGACCGGCUUGCCAACUUAUUGGGCUUCCGAUUUUUCAAAAAUUGCUGCAUGAACCGCCGAAAGAUCCGGCUUAUGAUCUUGUCAUAGUGGAAGUAUCAUUGGCAAACUGCCACAUCGCAUGGGGAAGACGCCUCAACAUCCCGGUGAUCGGUGUAGUAGCUCCUCUUCUUCCAGACUGGCUUCACAAUCACCUCGGCAAUCCCAUCAACUUGGCCGUAGAAUCGAGUUCCUUUGCUCCGUUCGCCGCUCCGGCGAGUUUCUACGAACGAUUGAAGAAUUUCUACAUCUUCCAUCAUCUCAGAUUGUCGUUUAAUUAUUACGUGCGACGUCAGGACGAGUAUGUGGCGAAAUUCUUCGGCACCGAUUACCCAAACUCGGUCGAGCUGCAAAAAGACCUAUCGCUCGUUCUCGUCAAUCAUCAUUCAGCUCUUAGUGGUCUGAGAACGUUUGCGCCGCCAGUCGUGCCGAUCGGCGGUCUACACAUCGUCGAUCGCAACGAGUCUUUACCACAGGAGUUGCAAGAAUGGCUAGAUGAAAGCAAGCACGGAUUCGUUUACUUUUCCUUCGGCUCCAUGAUCCGAAUCGAAACAUUUCCUGAUCACAUGCUCGACGCUUUUUAUAAGACAUUCAAGAACAUAGCACCGGUACGUGUGCUUUUGAAAAUUGCAAGGCCGGAAGAGCUGCCUGCAGGAAUGCCGUCGAAUGUUUUAACUCAAUCUUGGAUACCACAAAUUCAGGUCUUGAAGCACAAGAGGAUCAAAGCCUUUGUUACGCACGGUGGUCUAAUGGGUACGCAGGAAGCAGCUCGUUAUGGUGUACCCAUGGUCGGAGUGCCUUUGAUAAGCGAUGAAUUUUUCAACGUGGAAAAUUGUGUUCGUAAACGGAUAGCUGUUAAAGUUGAUUUGAAACAAGUGACAGAGAAGACGUUGACCCGAGCUUUGCGACAAGUUUUAGAUGAUCCUUUCUACAAACGAAAUGCUGAACAAAUUAGCAAAGACUUUACGGAUGUGCCUAUGACUCCCAUGAACACAGCUUUAUUUUGGAUCGAGUACAUUGCCCGGCACGGCAAAAAUGCACUGCGAUCGCCCAUUGUAGAUAUGCCGUGGUGGCAAUCUUCUCUUUUCGAUGUGUAUACUUUUAUUUGUGCGGUAUUCGUCUUGACGACAUGUAUCGUGAAAAUAGUAUACAAAAAAGUAGUCAGAACCAUGAAAUUAAAAAAUGACUGAUUGUUUUUAUAUCAACUUUUGAAAAACUCUUUCUCACGAGAAGGUAUCAGGUAAAGCCGAUAUACUUUUACUGACGGUCGACGAUGAUAAGAGAAUAAAGCAAAAUUCGUCAUGCGACUGAAGUGUAGGAAUGCCAAACUCUUGAUGUUACAGUAGAUAAAGUUGAUUGUCACGAUACAGCAAAAAACUACGUCCGACUAGAAUAGCAGCACAGCGGUCUUUUUUACUUUGAAAAUGAUGAAGCAAGAAUCAAUGCAGUCGUACCGCUACCGAAAUUGGGAUUGAAAUAAACAUUUUUAUUUUCACUUUAACUAUGAUAAAGUAUUUAAAAUAUUUAUGCACACUUUUGUAUACCUAAUAAUACUGACAAUAUAAAAAAUACUUUACUGUACACAGUACUCUCAAUUUUUCAAAGGUUAAAAUGAAGUACCUUAAAAAAAUUAAUUUAUUAUUUCAGCAAUAUGGCAUUAUAUUAACUCGCUCUCCAAGUCAUCGUCCUUAUUUGGCUCUGAAUUUGGAGUAAAUAAUCUGCUUAAAUCUACAAUUGAGUAAGCAUUGGAAUCUAUUUGGUCUAACAUGAAUUCUCUCAAGCCAGUGUAAAACUCUUUUACUUCUUGAGCAGUGAAUACAUCCAAACCUAAAAAUAUAACAUUGUUAUCAGGCACAUCAUUUUGACUUAGCAUUGUAUUUUGAAUUGAAAAUAUAAUUGUAUAUAUACCCUGACACGCAGCUUCAUCCAACGUAAAAAUAUCGACAAAAAACGUUAGCUGAUUAUGUAAAUCUAUUUCGGAAUACUAAAAUGUAAAAAAAAAAAA